AUGUCCGUCUCGCGCGAGCUCCUCAUCCAGCACGUCGAGGGCAAGCCUGGAAAGGUCUACUACCCCCUCAUCAUCCGCGAGUCGCCCGUUCCGACACCUGCCGCCGGCGAGGUCCUCGUGCGCUACAAGGCCGCAGCUCUCAACCACCGCGACCUCUUCAUCCGCCAGAGCCUGUACCCCGGUAUCGACUUUAACAAGGCCCUGCUCGCGGACGGCUAUGGCGUGGUCGUGUCUGUCGGCAGCGGUGUGAGCCGCGUCAAGGUCGGCGACCCCGUCAUUGCCGCGCCGAUGAGGGGAUGGGCGAGCGACCCCGUUGGUCCCGAGGGCAGCGAGUUCCAUGUCUCUGGCGGCACCAAGGCAUCGGACUCUGGUACCGGCCGCGACUAUGGACUCCUCAGCGAGGACGACGUCGAGCCGGCCCCGGCGCACCUGACAGCCGUCGAGGCCGCCGCGCUCCCCCUCGUGGGCCUGACGGGCUGGCGCGCGCUCGUGACCAAGUCGGGCGCCGCGGCUCCGGGCAAGAACAUUCUCGUGACCGGCAUUGGCGGCGGUGUCGCGCUCAUUGUCCUCCAGCUGGCGGUCGCGCACGGCGCCAACGUCUACGUCACGUCCGGCUCGCCCGACAAGCUCGAAAGGGCCAAGCAGCUCGGCGCAAAGGGCGGCGUGUCGUACAAGUCGGACACGUGGGAGAAGGAGCUCAAGGCCCAGCUGCCCAAGGACCGUCCCUUCCUGGACGCGAUCAUCGACGGCGCCGGCGGCGCCAUUGUCAGCAAGGGCGUCAAGCUCCUGCGCACCGGCGGCGUCAUCUCGCAGUACGGCAUGACCGUCGGCCCCAAGAUGGACUGGCUCAUGAGCGCCGUCCUCGCCAACAUUGACCUGCGCGGCGUCACCAUGGGCUCGCGCCAGGAGUUUAGGGACAUGCUCAAGUUUGUCGGCGAGCACAAGAUCAAGCCCGUGAUCAGCAAGACCGUCAAGGGCCUCGACAACCUCGACGCCAUUGAGGGCCUCUUCAACGACAUGCAUGAGGGCAAGCAGUUUGGCAAGCUCGUCAUUGAAAUUGACAGUGCGGUCGACACACCAUCGCGGCUCUGA